GGCGCCACCACGUGUGUCCCCGAACCCGGUGGCCACCCGACUCAGUCCCUCGCCGGCCGGUCUAGGCAGCGGAGGACGGUGGUGGGCAGUGGCUGGAAGCUUCGCUAUGGGAAGUUGUUCCUUUGCUCUCCCGCGCUCAGCCCUCCUCCCUAGUUCUCCGAAGCCGUUGUCGGAGGAGAGCGCCGGGAGGCGCCGGCUGCAGCCGCGGCUGCUUCUCCCCGCCUGGGCGGCCGCGCCGCUGGACAGGUGCUGAGCGCCCCCGAGCCUCCCUUGCCGCCUCCCUCCUCUGCCCUGCUGCCAGCUGCCGCAGUGCACAUGGGGUGUUGGAGGUAGAUGGGCUCCCGGCCCGGGAGGCGGCCGUGGAUGCGGCGCUGGGCAGAAGCAGCCGCCGAUUCCAGCUGCCGUGGGGCCGCGCGCCCCGGGCGCCCCUGCGAGCCCCUGGCUCAGCCAUGGGGACCUUUGCGAGCACCACCCUCGCCUCCUGCAGCCGCUCCGCCUGCCCGGCCCGAGCCACGAUGAUCGCAGGCUCCCUUCUCCUGCUUGGAUUUCUUAGCACCACCACAGCUCAACCAGAACAGAAGGCCUCGAAUCUCGUUGGCACAUACCGCCAUGUCGACCGUGCCACAGGCCAGGUGCUAAUCUGUGACAAGUGUCCAGCAGGAACUUAUGUGUCCGAGCAUUGUACCAACACAAGCCUGCGUGUCUGCAGCAGCUGCCCUGCGGGGACCUUUACCAGGCAUGAGAACGGCAUAGAGAGAUGCCAUGACUGUAGUCAGCCAUGCCCAUGGCCAAUGGUUGAGAAAUUACCUUGUGCUGCCUUGACUGACCGAGAAUGCACUUGCCCACCUGGCAUGUUCCAGUCUAACGCUACUUGCGCCCCUCACACAGUGUGUCCUGUGGGUUGGGGUGUGCGGAAGAAAGGGACAGAGACUGAGGACGUGCGGUGUAAGCAGUGUGCUCGGGGGACCUUCUCUGAUGUGCCUUCUAGUGUGAUGAAAUGCAAAGCAUACACAGACUGUCUGAGUCAGAACCUGGUGGUGAUCAAGCCGGGGACCAAGGAGGCAGACAACGUCUGUGGCACACUCCCAUCCCUCUCCAGCACCACCUCGCCUCCCCCCGGCACAGCCAUCUUUUCACACCCUGAGCACACGGAUUCCCAUGAAGUCCCUUCCUCCACUUACGUUCCCAAAGGCAUGAACUCAACAGAAUCCAACUCUUCUGCCUCUGUUAGACCAAAGGUACUGAGUGGCACCCAGGAAGGGACAGUCCCUGACAACACAAGCUCAGCAAGUGGGGAGGAAGGAAUGAACAAGACCCUCCCAAACCUCCAGGUAGUCAACCACCAGCAGGGCCCCCACCACAGACACAUCCUGAAGCUGCUGCCAGCCAUGGAAGCCACCGGGGGCGAGAAGUCCAGCACGCCCAUGAAGGGCCCCAAGAGGGCCCAUCCCAGACAGAAUAUGCACAAGCAUUUUGACAUCAAUGAGCAUCUGCCCUGGAUGAUUGUGCUCUUCCUGCUGCUGGUGCUCGUGGUGAUAGUAGUGUGCAGCAUCCGGAAAAGCUCGAGGACUCUGAAAAAGGGGCCCCGGCAGGAUCCCAGCGCCAUUGUGGAGAAGGCAGGGCUGAAGAAGUCUGUGACUCCAACCCAGAACCGGGAGAAGUGGAUCUACUACUGCAAUGGCCACGGUAUUGACAUCUUGAAGCUUGUAGCAGCCCAAGUGGGAAGCCAGUGGAAGGAUAUCUAUCAGUUUCUGUGCAAUGCCAGCGAGAGGGAGGUAGCGGCUUUCUCCAGCGGGUACACAGCCGACCACGAGAGGGCCUACGCCGCUCUGCAGCACUGGACCAUCCGGGGCCCCGAGGCCAGCCUGGCCCAGCUCAUCAGCGCCCUGCGGCAGCACCGGAGAAACGACGUUGUGGAGAAGAUUCGCGGGCUGAUGGAAGAUACCACCCAGGUAAUGCAGCCCUGCCCCUGUGUCUUCACCACUAAUUUGUCUCGCGCUUCCCAUAGCCCGAGCCCUGUCCCCAGCCCCAACACGAAACUGGAGAAUUCCACUCUCCUGACAGUAGAGCCGUCCCCCCUGGAUAAGAACAAGGGCUUCUUCGUGGACGAGUCGGAGCCCCUUCUCCGCUGCGACUCCACGUCCAGCGGCUCGUCCGCACUGAGCAGGAACGGCUCCUUCAUUACCAAAGAAAAGAAGGACACAGUGUUGCGGCAGGUACGCCUGGACCCCUGUGACUUGCAGCCUAUCUUCGAUGACAUGCUCCACAUUCUGAAUCCUGAGGAGCUUCGGGUGAUUGAAGAGAUUCCCCAGGCCGAGGACAAACUGGACCGGCUAUUCGAGAUUAUUGGAGUCAAGAGCCAGGAAGCCAGCCAGACCCUCCUGGACUCUGUCUAUAGCCAUCUUCCUGACCUGUUGUAGAACAUAGGGAUACUGCAUUCCGGAAAUUACUCAAUUUAGUGGCAGGAUGGUUUUUUUGUUUUGUCUGUUUUGUUUCUGAUUUUUGUUUUGGGGGUGCGUGUGUGUUUGUGUGUGUUCAACAGAGUAUAUGGCCAGCGUUUGAGUUCUGUCCCUUUUUCUUUUUUUCUUAGCUCUUCUGGAAAGUUAGUUUAUACACAUUUUCAAGGUAUAACUAUUGCAAAAUACCCACCACUAAAGUUUUUUAUGUUCCAUUCUUUUCUCCAUUUUGCCUUUUACAUACUUUCAGAAUUGUUCUGUGCACUUUAAAUUCCCUUAACUUACUGUAAAUGCAGCGUGACUUUUCCUACACACCAGAUUGCGAGGCUCUUAAACGUAUAAUGACAUCUUGUGAAUCUUAUCAACCGUUUUCAUGUCUCUUAACAUUCACAUCCACUUUUUCUAAAAAUAUUAUUACUAUUUUUUAUUAUUGUUUUUCCUUUACAAAUUUUCUUAAGGAGUAAGGAAAUUUAAGACCCAUUGAGUUAUUGUAAUGCAAUUAGACUUUGAGUUUUCUCUUAAUAUGUGUCGUGUAAUUCAUUUCAUUGUCAUGGCUGAAACUUGACCACACUGUUGCUGAUUGUAUUUCACCUGGUCACCACGCAGAAUGCUUGAUUCCUUGUGCUCCUCUUAUGCUAAUAUGCUCUGGGCUGAAGAAACGAAGUCCUCCAGCCAUCUGGACUUCCUACUUAAGUGGCUUGACACCUGGGCCACCAAAGAACUUGAACUUCAUCUUUUAGGAUUGAGCUGUUCUAGAACACAUUGCCGCACUUUGGAAAGUCAAAAUCAAGUGCCAGUGGCACCUUUUCCAUGGAGAAUUUGCCCAGCUUUGCUUUAAAGGAUGUCUUGUUUUUUAUACACACAUAGUCAAUAGGUCCAGUCUGCCCUCAAGCCUUGAUCUUGGUGGGUUUCCUUCACCAUUCAAUUACUUUAAAAAUGGCUGCAGCUGUAAGAACUCUUGUCUGAUAUAUUUGCAACUAUGCUCCCAUUUAUAAAUGUACCCUCCAAGGCCGAGCAAAAGCAAAAAGACCGAUUUUGCUUUUCAGCAAGUCGCCAGAUUCAAAUGCAAAGGUGGUAUGAACUUCCUUUGUAUGGGCAGGGUUUGUGAGUAGUGGUGAGGAACUGAUAUCAAAAAAAUGCCUUCAAGUGUACUAAUUUAUUAAUAAAUAUUAGGUGUUUGUUA